AUUUGAUUUCUAUUCUUUCCAGCCUCGGACCCUCGGUACCUUCACGUUUCCAUCUGAAAACUUGUCAGAGUCCUUCCUGUAUUCGUAUCACCAUGAAGUUCCGUUGAUCUGGUAAGCUCGCGAUUGCGGGGACCCCGAGCGUUCGGAUUCGACUGGACGGCUUUCGUGGACUUAAGAUUUCGAUAUAGACGGAUUACAACCAUGACAUUGCGACGUGCUGCACGUGUGAUCCUUGUGGGAGCGCCGGGCGUCGGGAAAGGAACGCAGACAGAGCGAUUGAUGAAGCGCUUCCCGCAACUGUCGGCGAUAAGCUCAGGAGACUUGUUGCGAGACAAUGUACGAAAUCGGACACCAUUGGGUAUCGCGGCCGAAUCCAAGAUGAAAUCCGGCGCUCUAGUACCCGAUUCCAUGAUCCUACGACUCAUCAUCAAUGAGCUCAAGAGCCGCGGUUGGUUGGAGCAAGAGAACAUCAUGCCCUACACCCUCAACUCCUCCGCCUCAACCGAAGCAUUCCCCUCCGGUGACAGCUUGGAAGAAGACUUCCUCUCCUCCAUGGGAACGGAAUCGUUCCGCUUCUCCGACUCCCCCUCGGCGUCUUUCAUCCUCGAUGGCUUCCCCCGGACCGCCGGCCAAGCUCGACAGGUCGACGAUCUGAUCCCGAUCAACCUCGUCGUCAACAUCUAUACGCCCCCGGAGAUCGUCAUCGAACGGAUCAGCAGUCGAUGGGUCCAUGCGCCGUCGGGUCGGGUCUACAACACCACGUUCAACGCUCCGAAAGUCCCUGGGAGGGAUGAUAUCACCGGCGAGCCGCUGACGCGCCGCGAUGACGACAAUCCAGAAAUCUGGAACGCUCGACUGAAGAGCUUUGAGAAGUUGAGCCUUCCGUUGUUGGAGCACUACGACCGGAUGGGCGUGCUAUGGACCGUGGAGGGGAACAGCAGUGAUGAAAUUACUCCUCGGAUAAUCAAGGAGUUUGCGAGACGCUUUACCGCCGACUAGAGCUGACGAUGGCAAGGAUCAGGGAUCUGCCGUUGAAUUCGGUGACGGUGUAUAUAAAGCGGUGUGCAAUGGCGUUCGGGGUGGUACGGAUGGGUCCUUCAUCAGGGCCUUCGGAUUAUGGGCGGCGGCAAGCACUCUUUGACAGUCUUAUAUGUAUGACUGACUAGUGUAGAAUCACUCUACUAUGUUCUUAUGUCACUCUGGCGGGUCCUACAACCUGACUCGAGCAUGACGAAAAACAAUAUUAUUAUUCUUAUUCCUGAAGAUUCGCUAUACCUUAGAUACAGCUUUUCGUCUGACCAGUCCCUGUUGUGAAUUG